AUGGCCGACAACAAUACCCCACCGUCGCAACCUCCGAAUGAUCCAUCCCCUACAAAUUUCGCUGGUAACCUCUUCUCACCAUUUGAUUUCUCCUUCAAUCGGCGCCUCCAUUGGGUGGUGGACAGUGGUGCGAGCCACCACAUCUGCCACCAACGCGAUGCUUCUGCCGAUUUGAAGCCCCUUGCCCCCCUCACCACAUUUGGCUUCCAACAGGACAAGAUAUCUCAGCGGAAGGGAUGGGUUCUUGUAUUCGGAUGUCUUUGUUAUGCACAAACUCUCAAUGCUUACCGCGACAAAUUUUCUCCCCGUGCCACUAAAUGUGUCUUUCUUGACUACCCAAGCACACAUAAAGCCUACAAGCUCUACAACCUCAAUACUCAAUUCGUCUUCUACUCUCGAGAUGUCGCCUUCCACGAAUAA